UAUAUUUUUUUUUUAUUUUUUUUGGUGUGUGUAUGUAUGGGCAACUAUCACCCCAGAGAUAAAGAGGGAGAGAGAAGCAUCGCCAGACCAACUCUUGUCAUUUCCAGUAAGAAGUUGCAGACUUCAUGUAGCUGUCUCUGCUCUGCUGAGAGAGGGAUGAAAAUUGUGUGCAGUGCGGAGUGGAAAAUACCCCCGCUUUAAAGAAGCGCACCGGAUUUUUUGCUUGCUGUUUGUUUGGGUUGUUGCGUGCACGUUAAACACCCGAAGGAUCGCCGCUCAAUAGAAAUGAAACGUGGAGAGGAUGACUAAAGACAGAACUGUGAAUUUGUUCCCUGGAGUUGCUAAUUUGCCACCCCGAAGCAACACAUACCUCAAGGAGGAAGCGUUUGGCUGCUGCUGCUUUCUCCAAAACUGGUGGUUUACCAGAUGCAUUGUGCUGUAUCUGCUGGAACAGAUCAUUGCUUAGCUGCAGCAGAUCGUCAAAGGUAGACAACCAACUGCUGUCUCCAAAUAAGAAAUGAGAUGUAAUGCAUCCUGCAGUCCAUGCAUGCCUCCUCUUGCAAAUCGCGCAUCAUUCCUCUCUGGAAUCCUUUGAGUCCUAAAAUCUGGGAAAAGAGAAUAAAAACAUUAUCAUGGACCUGAGGGAUUUUUACCUGCUGGCCGCUUUGAUUGCCUGUUUAAGGUUGGAUUCUGCUAUAGCUCAAGAACUUAUUUACACUAUUAGAGAGGAGCUGCCUGAAAACGUACCCAUAGGGAACAUACCAAAGGACCUGAACAUUUCUCACAUCAAUGCUGCCACAGGGACCAGUGCCAGCCUUGUCUACAGACUGGUGUCUAAAGCAGGGGAUGCCCCUCUGGUCAAAGUGUCCAGUAACACUGGUGAAAUCUUUACGACAUCUAACAGAAUAGACAGAGAAAAACUCUGUGCUGGAGCUUCCUAUGCAGAAGAAAACGAGUGUUUCUUUGAACUUGAAGUGGUGAUUCUCCCCAAUGACUUUUUUAGGCUGAUCAAAAUAAAAAUAAUUGUGAAGGAUACUAAUGACAAUGCACCUAUGUUUCCAUCCCCUGUCAUCAAUAUCUCCAUCCCAGAAAACACUCUGAUCAACAGUCGCUUUCCAAUCCCAUCAGCCACAGAUCCUGACACAGGUUUCAAUGGUGUGCAGCACUACGAGUUGUUAAACGGGCAGAGUGUCUUUGGACUGGAUAUUGUAGAAACUCCAGAAGGAGAGAAAUGGCCUCAACUGAUUGUGCAGCAGAACUUGGACAGAGAGCAAAAGGACACCUACGUGAUGAAAAUCAAAGUGGAGGAUGGAGGUACUCCCCAGAAAUCCAGCACAGCCAUCCUGCAAGUCACAGUAAGUGAUGUCAAUGAUAACAGGCCAGUGUUUAAAGAGAGUCAAGUAGAGGUUCAUAUACCAGAGAAUGCCCCUGUAGGCACUUCUGUAAUUCAGCUUCAUGCUACAGAUGCAGAUAUAGGAAGCAAUGCAGAAAUCAGAUAUAUUUUUGGUGCCCAAGUCGCCCCUGCAACCAAAAGAUUUUUUGCUUUAAACAACACCACAGGGCUGAUUACAGUUCAAAGGUCCUUAGAUCGAGAAGAGACUGCUAUUCACAAAGUGACAGUGCUGGCUAGCGAUGGUAGCUCUACACCGGCACGGGCAACUGUUACCAUCAAUGUCACUGAUGUAAAUGAUAAUCCUCCUAACAUAGACCUCAGGUACAUAAUAAGUCCCAUCAAUGGCACAGUGUACUUAUCUGAGAAAGAUCCCAUCAAUACAAAGAUUGCCCUAAUUACAGUUUCAGAUAAGGACACUGAUGUGAAUGGCAAAGUGAUCUGUUUCAUUGAGAGAGAGGUCCCCUUCCACUUGAAGGCGGUUUAUGACAACCAGUAUUUGUUAGAGACCUCUUCCUUGUUGGACUAUGAGGGCACCAAAGAAUUCACCUUUAAAAUUGUUGCUUCUGAUUCUGGCAAGCCCAGUUUGAACCAGACUGCCCUGGUAAGAGUUAAACUGGAGGAUGAAAACGACAACCCUCCGAUUUUCAGCCAGCCUGUAAUUGAGCUGUCAGUUUCUGAAAACAACCGUCGUGGUCUAUACUUAACAACUAUUAGUGCCACAGAUGAAGACAGUGGGAAAAAUGCAGACAUUGUUUAUCAGCUUGGCCCUAAUGCCUCCUUUUUUGAUCUGGAUCGAAAGACAGGAGUUUUGACAGCCUCCAGAGUUUUUGACAGAGAAGAGCAGGAACGUUUCAUUUUCACUGUUACAGCCCGAGACAAUGGCACCCCUCCUUUGCAGAGUCAAGCAGCUGUAAUUGUUACUGUGUUGGACGAAAAUGACAACAGUCCCAAAUUUACUCACAAUCACUUCCAGUUUUUUGUAUCAGAGAACUUACCAAAGUAUAGCACAGUGGGUGUGAUCACAGUGACCGAUGCAGAUGCUGGGGAAAACAAAGCGGUGACCCUUUCCAUCCUGAAUGACAAUGAAAACUUUGUGCUGGAUCCCUACUCUGGAGUUAUAAAGUCCAAUGUUUCUUUUGAUAGAGAACAGCAGAGCUCCUACACCUUUGAUGUUAAGGCAGUGGAUGGAGGGCAACCUCCUCGCUCUUCCACAGCGAAAGUAACCAUAAAUGUCAUGGAUGUUAAUGAUAACAGCCCUGUUGUCAUCUACCCACCUUCUAAUACUUCUUUUAAGUUAGUGCCACUCUCAGCAAUUCCAGGAUCGGUGGUAGCCGAAGUCUUUGCUGUGGAUAUAGACACGGGAAUGAAUGCUGAGCUUAAGUACACAAUUGUAAGUGGAAAUAACAAGGGUUUGUUUCGAAUUGAUCCAGUGACAGGUAAUAUCACUCUGGAAGAAAAACCAACUCCUAAUGACGUGGGGCUGCAUCGCUUAGUUGUCAACAUAAGUGAUUUGGGUUAUCCCAAAUCCCUGCAUACUCUUGUGCUUGUCUUUUUAUAUGUAAAUGAUACCGCUGGAAAUGCCUCUUAUAUUUAUGACUUGAUACGCAGGACUAUGGAAACACCUUUGGAUCGGAACAUAGGGGACAGUAGCCAACCCUACCAAAAUGAAGACUAUCUCACAAUUAUGAUUGCCAUUGUGGCAGGUGCGAUGGUUGUCAUAGUGGUGAUAUUUGUCACAGUUCUCGUUCGCUGUCGACAUGCAUCCAGAUUCAAAGCUGCCCAGAGGAGCAAGCAAGGUGCUGAGUGGAUGUCUCCCAAUCAGGAGAACAAGCAAAACAAGAAAAAGAAAAGGAAGAAGAGGAAAUCUCCGAAGAGCUCUCUUUUGAACUUUGUGACCAUUGAGGAGUCCAAACCUGACGAUGCGGUUCAUGAACCUAUCAACGGGACAAUAAGCCUUCCAGCGGAGCUGGAGGAGCAAAGUAUAGGAAGAUUUGAUUGGGGCACAGCACCACCAACGACAUUUAAGCCUAACAGUCCUGAUCUUGCUAAGCAUUACAAAUCUGCCUCUCCGCAGUCUGCUUUUCAUCUCAAACCUGACACUCCAGUCUCAGUGAAAAAGCACCAUGUGAUUCAGGAACUCCCCUUGGACAACACCUUUGUUGGUGGCUGUGACACCCUUUCCAAACGCUCUUCCACUAGUUCAGAUCACUUCAGUGCCUCAGAGUGCAGUUCCCAAGGAGGCUUCAAGACAAAGGGCCCCUUACACACCAGACAGGCACUGAAUUUUGGAGAUAUGCCGAAGUACUUGUGGGAGAUAUGGGUACCUGAAAAGCCAUGGGUGUCCCAGCGCCGUGUUACAUUUCACCUCCCUGAUGGCUCCCAGGAAAGCUGCAGUGACAGUGGUCUGGGAGACCACGAACCGGUGGGUGGUGGAACCCUGAUCUCACACCCUCUCCCUCUGGUUCAGCCACAGGAUGAAUUCUAUGACCAGGCUUCACCAGACAAGAGGACUGAAGCUGAUGGCAACUCCGACCCCAACUCGGAUGGGCCUCUUGGGCCACGAGGAUUAGCUGAAGCCACAGAGAUGUGUACUCAAGAAUGCCUGGUUUUGGGUCACUCAGACAACUGUUGGAUGCCUCCCAGCUUGGGCCCAUACCAACAGCCAAAGUCUCCUCUCUCCACCUUUGCAUCUCAGAAAGAAUGGGUUAAGAAGGACAAACUAGUUAAUGGGCACACAUUGACCAGGACCUGGAAAGAAGACAGCAACAGAAACCAGUUCAGUGACCGAAAGCAGUACUGUUCCAGUGAGGGCCACUUCAACACUGGCAACCACAUGACUGACAUUCCUCUGGCCAACUUGAAGUCUUAUAAACAGGCCUCAGGAGCUGUUGAGAGUCCAAAGGAACAUCAGCUAUAAGAAAUGGUUACUUUGGACCAAUGACUUUAGCCUACUUAGACUUGCUUAUACUGUGUGUGUGUCAGAGCUUUAUGUACUGGGUAGACUUCUAGAACUAUGCUUCACCUAGCAAAGAUUAUGCAUAUCCUUAUAUGAGCACCGUGGAAGGUGUGAUGUCCUGCAACAUGAAAGAGUGUUUUUACUAGUUGUGUGAUUUUGUUAAACAGACAUGAUAAAAAUCUGCAGAGAUCUCUCCAGAUUGCAGAUAUCUUGUUUUUGGUUUUGUUUUGUUUUUUGACCCUGGACUGCUGCUAUGAACAACAGAAGAUGCAUUUGGAGAGUGAGAGAGCAAGAAAGCUCAGUGGAUUGCAAUGAUUAAAAAGCAUAUCCAGUUAGAAAAUUGUGCUUUUGUUUUCAUUGAUCUAGGCUGGGACCGUAAUACUUGAGAUCAUAUUGCAAACAAAACUAAAACUGUAAACAUUAAACCUAUUGUGCUAUUAACAAUGUUAGUGGACACUUAUAAGUCAAUCAGUGUUCAAAUACUUGUAAAUAGAAACAGUUAUUACUUACAAUUUUUGUGUACUUAUAACGUUCACUUGAAAAGAUACUGAAGCAUAUUUCUGUGUUUCACAGUUGCUUUUUACUUUCUUUCAUUUGCUUUCUGUUUUUUUGCUUUUAUUUUCAGUGAUGGUGUUUCUGUGUUAGUAGUCUGUCUGACACACAAUGUUCCAAGCAAAUCAAAACACUUGUGUUGAAAGUGAAAAAAGGAGUAAUGGGGUGGGAGGGACGGUUGGUUGUAGAAAGAAAAAAAUAUAUAUAUAUAUCUGUGUAGUAGCAAAUGAUACCAGCAUUCAGAUAGAAUUUCUUCUUCCUUUUAUUGUUAUUUAUUUAUUUAAUAUUAAGAAAUGAAAGGACUUGUGUAAGGGCUUAAAAAUUUAGCAUUUUUUUUUAGAAUUGCCAUUAUGUUCCAUAAAACAGGAAAACUGCAAAACAAAAGACUAAAUUUGUGGUGGUGAAUGGAAGGGAAAGUUGUUCACUUGGAAUCCUUGAUCAAAUUAGCUGCAGUCUGUCAUUUAAUAAGUGAUAGCUGGCACUGAUCUUAGCUGGAAUAUACGGAGGAAAUUCUACAGAAGCAAAUUUUUUUCCAAUUGGGCAGGUGUGUGUCUAUACCUAAGACAGUUUGUAUUGCUGAAGCAGCAUUUGUGUUGAUCUCCAUCUGCGUUAAUGUUGUAGUAACACAAGUGUUUUUAGACCAUAGCCACAGAAUAUUUAAUGUGUUGUGCCUUCAUGAUGUAACAGAGCAUUCUCCUGGUAGGCUAGUUGGGGGAACUAAAGGGUUAAAUCUCUUAAUUAUUGCUGUUUAACUGUUUGUUAUCAUAGUUGGUCAAUGCCUGGCAGGUACCAGUAUCAUGUCACCUCAGUCAAACCAGCAGAGUUUAACCUAAUGUUAAUAAGAUCUAAGUUGCACGCAAAGCAAAUCCGAAUCCAGACAUUUUUAGAUGUUUUUUGUUAAGGCAUGACAGAUGAUUUACACAAAUAAAUAGCAUGCAAAAAAAAAAAAAAGAAAAAAAAGAAAAAAAUUAAAAAAAAUUAAAAAUAGUCCUUACAGAAGAAGGUAAGUUACUUAUGCAACAGUGAAACACCAGUCUUAAAGUAACAAAUUUAGCUAAUCUGAAGGUGAUUUUGUUCUUGCCAAAAAUACAAGGUUGGUUGUUUGGUUUUUUUCUUUAUUCUUCUGUAUAUAGCAGUUCACUUCUUUUAACUUUUUUUUUUUUUUUUUUUCCCCUUCACAGUAUAAAAGGCAUUAAAAUGGGCUAGGGGUGCAUUGCUUAUUGCAGUACUUAUGUCAGUUUGUGAGGGGUGUUUGAUGACUUUGACAGAAUAAGUAUCUAACCAGAUAUCCUUGUUAUUGCUUUGCCAGUUCAACGUUAUUUAGUUAUUCAGCUCUUGCAAUAAAUGUUCUGAAUUCCCGAUUGUGUUGUGUUAGUUCUUGGGCAGAUGCCUAAGGGACUUUAUUCCUGUUAAUUUAUCUUUCGUUCUUUCUUUUGUUAUUGGUUAGUUUAUUUCUUUGUUUCAUGCUGAAUUUCCAGUUAUUUUUCUAAACGUAUCAUGGUCCAUUUGGUUCAUAUAGAUAUGUGUAAGAAUGGAUUAUACAACAAAUGAUAAAUCCUGAGGGCCAUAUUCUGUCAUUCCUGGGGUAAGUAGGAACUAAUUAAAAAUGAGUUAUUUGAAUUGGGUAAAGUGUUACUUACCCAGCACAAAGGUGACAGAAUCUAGCUCAGAUUCGUAAGGCAUACUUAAACACAUGUAAUAAGCAUCCUUGCAUGAAUCCUUGUAACUGUACAGUGGUAGCAUAUAGAAAAGUCAGCACUUACCACACUUCAGUCUUUUCUUUUGAGAGUAGAAAAAAGUAUGGUAAUAUGGUAAAUACUUUUUUACAAGGAAAAUUUGUGUGGUUUAUAUAAUCACUUUUGUUGCAUCACAGUAAGAAAAAAAAAAAAAAAAAAGGGAAAAAACCCCAAAACAUUGAAAAGACUUAUCAACAAAAGUAACCUCUUUUUUAACAUACUGAGUUCUAAAGCAGAGGUUCCCUGAGUUCUGUAUUAAAAUGAGAAAUAAUUACUUGGAAACCCAAAUAAUACCAACUAUUUAAAAUUGUAAGUGCCUUUUUAGACAGAACAUACUUAAAAAAUUCUAUCACAGUCAGAAAAUAGAGGAUGUGACUAUUGCUACAGAAAGAGAGCUGUAUUAUGUUCCAACCUGCAAUAGACAGGAGGAGGAGAAGAGGGGAGGAGGAGAGGAAGAGAAGGUGGAGAGGAGGAGAGGAAGAGAAGGAGAGGAGGAGGAAAGGGA